CCAACCGUAACUUGGAACCAACCGUUGCCGGGUUUCUUGUUUCAGGAGGCAUCUCCUCGUGUGCCCUGCCGACUUAUUACAUGUCUCUCGUUUUCCAAUACGGCUUGGCGGUAUCUGCAGCCUGUCGCGAGAAUUCUUUGGGACCUUAAAUAGAACGCUGUUGCCGUUAACAAACAUAACCUAAUAGCACGACUUUGUUUAUUCUUUCAUUCUUUCAAGUCACCAGGAGUUAUACCGGAUAAACGGGCACAGACAAGCUUUCGUCAUUGCCUGUGAAGGGAUCAACCAGGAAACAUGGCGGAGGCAAUGGACAUUGAUAUCAAACGACCCGAUGAGCCUAGCGCGCGCAGUGGCUUUGAGCUUCCUUGGCUGGAGAAGUACCGCCCUCAGUUUAUUCACGAAAUUGUGGGCAAUACGGAGGCCGUGGCUCGCCUUCAGGUCAUCGCGGAGGAGGGCAACAUGCCGAACGUCAUCCUGGCGGGCCCACCCGGCACGGGUAAGACCACCAGUAUACUCUGCCUAGCGCACCAGCUGCUGGGCCCAAACUAUAAAGAAGCGGUCCUCGAGCUAAACGCCUCGGAUGACAGAGGUAUUGACGUGGUCCGAAACAAGAUCAAGUUGUUUGCGCAAAAGAAGGUGACGCUGCCACCGGGCCGCCAUAAGAUUGUUAUCCUGGAUGAGGCCGACAGCAUGACCUCCGGCGCGCAGCAGGCGCUCCGCCGUACCAUGGAGAUCUACUCUUCCACCACCCGCUUCGCACUCGCCUGCAACCAAUCCUCCAAGAUCAUCGAGCCCAUCCAGAGCCGCUGCGCCAUCGUGCGGUACAGCCGCAUAUCGGACAUUGACAUCCUGGCGCGGCUGCGGGUGGUGUGCGAGAAGGAGGGGGUGACGUACAACGACGAGGGCAUGGAGGCGAUCAUCUUCACGGCGGAUGGCGACAUGCGGCAAGCGCUCAACAACCUGCAGGCCACCCACAGCGGCUUCGGCUUCAUCAGCCAGGAGAAUGUGUUCAAGGUGUGCGACCAGCCGCACCCCAAACUGGUGAUGUCCAUCAUUGAGAACUGCGCCAAGGCGGACCUGGACGCGGCGUACAAGGGCAUGAAGGAGCUGCAGGACAUGGGCUACAGCCCCAUGGACAUCAUCACCACGGUGUUCCGGGUGGUGCGCAACUCGGACCUAGCGGAGUUCCUGAAGCUGGAGUACCUCAAGGAGGUCGGCUUCUGCCACAUGCGGGUGGUGGAGGGCGUGAACUCCCGACUCCAGCUAAGCGGCUUGCUCGCAAAGCUCUGUUCCAAGACGUUGAUGGUGUCGUAGUGGUGUUUGCAACGCAUUUUCGACAGGGCCAGGCUCACAAUUGUGCCGUGGUCACGGCAGGGCUUCCUGUACAACACGGCCGUGACCAGUAUCCGACAAUCUGGACGCGAUUCCUCUACUGUACAAUACGCAUUUGUGGAACGCUUAGGCAUGGUGCCGUCCUUUGCUGCUCCCGCUGUCGGCUGGGCUGGGCAUAAUGUAAACUUUGGAGCUUUCAGCCUGGACUCCUUGUAUGCUUCGUGUGAACAAGAAAUACGCGAACUAGCAUUAGAAACCAGUGCAAUUGAAGAGGAGUUAGGUUCGCUAGAGCAACACUUACAGUCAUUCCUUCUUCAGCAGAACACAGGACCCGGAAACACAAACCCACAAGAAGCUCUAUCAGAGUUGCAGCUGGACACAGCCAGAACUAUUGACCAGGACCUCCAAACCGCGCCGGAGCAGCCAUCCUCUGGCCCUAGCGGUAGGGCCGAAGAAGUAAUCGCUCUUCAGCAGCUGCAGCAGCAUGACGCGACAACCAGCUUCCAAGCAACCGGUGAUCUCGACGCACCUCCUGGCCAUGUCGGCACAGGAACCACACCCGAGGUCAACGCUGCCGAUGUAAUGGCUCCUCAACCAACGGCUGCUCAAACUCGCCGCACCAGCUGCAACGCAUCAGCCUCCACAGCCGAACCGUCCCCAACAGCUUCCUGCGAUGAAAUCAACGGGCGGUUGCGGCAGGUCCUGCGGUUGCUCCGUGACACGGCUGCAGCCUGCCGCCAGCUGCCGGCCCGCGAUCAGGACUUUUCCCAGCUGCUGAAGGACAUAUACAAGGACAUCCACGACUCUCUCAAAGCCGCCGUGGGCCCUGCUAAGCGACCCACUCCGCCUGCGGGCCGCGGGGCAAGUCGCCCUCCUGCAUCCGCUGCUGCCCCCACCGCAACCGCAACCACCACCACCACAACUGCACCUGCUGCCAACCGCGCCCCAGCAACGAACACCUCAGCACCUCCCUCUACAACCUCAGCCCCAGCACCUGCACCAGCAGUGGCGGCAGCACCCACCGCACCCGCACCCCUGCCCGCCGCUGCAGCUCCUACAGCCACUAGGCCCUCCACCUCCGUCCCCACCGUCCCCACCGCCGCCCCCACCAACUCCUCCUCCUCCGGCGGCCCCGGCCACGGCCCCACCACCACCACCAACAACAACAACAACAGCGCCGCCACCACCACCAGCAACAACAGCAGGGAUCUGGCCCCGCUGGCUCGUCUGGUGCUGGCGAAGCGCCUGCGCCACCAGGUUGACGGAGGAGGAGGAUCUGCAGCGGCAGCGGCUGGCAGCAACGGUGUUGUACGACAUGAUCCCGACCAACCGCCAGCCCGGCGGCCCGCACGCCGCUCCCCAGCCGUUAUUGCUGCUGCUGCUGCGGCGGCGGCGGCGGGUGGUCUCCCUGGGGGUGCGGCUGGCAGUAGUAGUGGUGGUGCUGGGGGUGGGGGUGGUGCGGCCAGCGCUCGGGGUGUGUUUGUUGCGGCAGGGGCGCCACAGCAGCAGCAGCGUGCCGCAGCUAUGGCGGCGAUCAUGGUAACGGGCCCGGCAGCAGCGGCGCUGUAUGCCGGGCUGCCGCCGCCUGCGCGUGUGAGCGCCGCCCCGGCAGCAGCAGCAGGGGUAGCAGGGGCGGCAGCAGCAGCCGCAGCGGCAGCAGCAGUCGGACCGACCCCGCUCCCACCGUCGUCACAACAACAGGGAGGGCAGCAGCAGCAAGGGCAGCAGCAGCAGCAGGGCC